AGGCCGUAGGUUCACUCAACCCAAUUUGGCAAGCUUUCAAUGCCGUUUCUUGAUUUAAUUUAACUGGAAAUAAGACUCUUCCAUUGACAACAUGCAGCCAGAAUUUGGACACAUCGUCGGUGGUGGUGCACAUAAAAAAUAGUUGCACGUACUUUGGUAAAAGCCGCGAACAGAGAAGCAGCUACAGAAAACGAAACUACAACCCGAAACGGAAACUGAAACGCGACCAGACAAUAAAAAAGUGAAAAACGCUAUGCAAAUGGCCCUUUCCCGCCGCUUCUGCACUGCCAAGUGCAUGAGAAAAUAUGUAAAGCAGAAAUUAGACGAUGACAAACUGGAGAAUGGAAACCGAAAGUGCGUAAUUAAUUUCUAUUCCAUUGCAGCCCGCUGAAAAUGCCACACUGCUGGGUGGACAUGGAGCCCAGCUCAUCCCCGAGGGGCAUGGCCAUCGUAUCGGAGAGGAGCCAUUGAGAGCCUGUCUAAGGCCAUUUAAGUCCCAGCGCAAACAGACUCGCACAUGGCACUCACCCCAACAGGAGCAGGAGCUCCAGUCCUGCGGAGCUGUGGCACCCACUCAGCGACACACACACACGACCUAAAACAACAACCAACAGCCAACAUGCAACAAGGGGCACAACUGAUGUGCGGUUUUGGUUUCAUGGCUUACGGCUUUGAUUGCUGUCAUCGCUCAAUUGAUUUUUCACUAAUGCCGUCGAUUGGCAAACCCAAAACCGAAAUAAAAGUGAAAUGCAAAGCAUUAAAAACAGCAGAACUUAAACGCCAAAAUAAACAAUUUGUCGAACAGUGACGUGUGUGUGCGCUUUUGAGGCAAACAAUACAUAAAAAUCGCCGGAAAGAAAGGAAAGAGCUUAUGUUUGACAUGAAAUUAAAUCGCAUUCGAAAUGGGAACAUGUUCCAUGGUGAACAAUAAAACUAAAAUAGGAUUAGUUGCGGUCCGUGCUUAAUUUCACAGUGCGAAAUGCAGGCCUGAUUUCAGAUGGGUUUUGUAGAAUAAUGCGAAAAGUGAAAAUAAACAAAAAGUGUUACAGAUACGCUCCAACACAGCAGCGAAAAAAUUAAAUCAAACUAUUGUUGGGAGACUGGCCCACUUUAAACGAACUUUAAAAUUUUAUUUGAUAGCUGUCAUUAUCUGAUUACCCGUAACUCGCAGCGUAACUGGGGAUAAUAGACUUCUUAGGUAGUAUGAAACAGGGGAAAUACAUAUAUUCUUGUUCGAAAAGUGUGUGUAUAGAAAUGUUCGGGAAGCUAUCUUCCGGACUGAUGCAGAGGAAGAGAAAUCUCCAUAGUGGUCGUCCUCGACUAUUGAUUACCCUUUACUUAGCUAGUGGAAGUAAGAGAGAAAAGGGUAUAGGAAAGGGAAUGUUGCGGCCGUUUUGGGCGCUGCGUCUAAGUCUUUAGAAUCUGUAUGCUUAAUCUCGACCUUCUAGCUUUAAUAGGUUCUGAGAUCUCGACGUUCAAGAAUAUAUAUACUUUAUAUGGUCAUAAUCGCUUUCUUCUACCUGUUGCAUAAUUUCCAA